AUGUCUUCACAGGAAGAAAAUUCUGAUACAAAAGAUGUACCAGGUCCACACAAAAGGAUAACAAAUUUGAUGCAUCAAGCUGGAAACAGGUUUUGCGCGGAUUGCGGAACUCCAGAACCAAAAUGGGUAUCUUCAAGUCUUGGAGUAUUCAUUUGCAUAAAGUGUUCUGGCAUACAUAGAAGUUUAGGAGUCCACAUAUCAAAGGUUGCAUCGUUGAAGUUAGAUGAAUGGUCGGAGGAACAAGUCGAUGCAUUAGAGAAGUUAGGUGGAAAUACAUUGUUAAAUAAAAAAUAUGAAGCUUUCCUGCCAAGUAAUAUAAAAAAACCAAAACCACAUACCUCGAUCGAAGAUCGCUCCGAUUAUAUCAGGAAAAAAUACGAGCAACUUCAGUUCAUGGAGUGUGAUGACAAUUCAGCAUGUGCAAUUGUACCAUCUCGAAGAAGAAGUUUAUCGUUGGCUCAGAGUAGUUCUUCAUGUUACACUUUUCAUAUGGAAAACAAAAAAUAUGACAAAACCCCAACCAAACAUCGUAUCGGAAACGCAUUUCGAAAUAGCUGGACGAGAAAAGAUUCUGAGCACAAGUCUUCAAAGAAGAGCUCCUCGUUGGCAGGUAUGGUUGAAUUUGUUGGGUUAAUUAAGGUUAAUGUUGUGAAAGGAACUCAUCUGGCUGUUAGAGAUGUAAUGACAAGUGACCCUUAUGUGAUCCUUUCUUUGGGACACCAAUCGGUAAAAACGCGUGUUAUAAAGAACAAUUUGAAUCCAGUUUGGAAUGAAAGUUUGAUGCUUUCAAUUCCAGAAAACAUUCCUCCCCUUAAAGUGCUAGUGUACGAUAAGGAUACAUUUUCAACCGAUGAUUUCAUGGGUGAAGCGGAAAUAGACAUUCAACCACUGGUUUUAGCUGCAAUUGCAUAUGAAAAAUCUACGGCGAAUGAGUCGGUGCAGCUAGAGAAAUUUGUAGCAAGCAAGGACAACUCUCUUGUUAGAGAUGGUGUGAUAUCUCUUGAUGAAGGGAGGAUCAAACAAGAAAUCUCAGUGAGGCUACAGAAUGUUGAGAGAGGUGUUCUUGAGAUUGAGCUUGAGUGUGUUCCUCUUACUCAAUAG